AUGCUGAAACGAGAUAAAAAGGAUGAAGAAUCGUCGAGUGUCGGCGCUAAUCCGUACCAGAACUGUGAUAAAACGAUGGUGAUUCAGGAGGCUCGCAUCUUCAACGAGACUCCGAUUAACUCCCGCAAAUCCUGUCUGAUACUUACCAAAUUGUUGUAUCUGAUUUAUCAAGGUGAGCAGCUGAGUCGAUCAGAGGCGACCGAGGUCUUCUUUUCCGUUACAAAACUGUGGCAGUCAAAGGAUGUCAUUCUUCGUCGCUUGGUGUACCUCACCAUCAAAGAACUGGCACCAAUCGCAGACGAUGUAAUCAUCGUAACUAGCAGCCUGACCAAGGAUAUGACUGGAAAAGAGGACAUGUAUCGGGCCGCUGCUGUUCGAACAUUAUGCAGAAUCACAGAUGUUUCAAUGCUUCAGUCUAUCGAACGUUACAUGAAACAAGCGAUCGUUGACAAAUCUCCCGCUGUUGCCAGUGCGGCACUGGUAUCCUCUUUGCAUCUGUUGAGAAGAAACACGGACGCCGUCAAACGAUGGAUCAACGAGGUACAGGAAGCGGUCAAUUCUGACAAUCUCAUGGUUCAGUAUCAUGGCUUGGCUCUGCUUUAUCAGAUCCGCAAGCAGGACCGGUUGGCGGUGACAAAGCUCGUGCAGAAGUACUGUAAGCAGGGAUUGAAAUCACCGUUCGCUGUCUGCUAUCUGAUCCGACUGGCGGCCAGCCUCAUAGAAGAUAACAGAGCUGAGAAUUUGGUGUUGUUUGACUUCCUCGAGAACUGCCUCCGUCACAAAUAUGAGAUGGUGGUGUUUGAAGCGGCCUGCGCCAUCGCCAGUCUUCCUGAUAUCACCAGCAAGGAGCUGUCGUGUGCGAUUUCGGUCCUUCAGCUCUUCUGUUCAUCAUCUAAGGCGACCAUGCGAUUCGCUGCGGUUAGCACGCUUAGCAAGAUCGCAGUUGCCCAUCCGGCUGCCGUUGCAACGUGCAACGUGGAUUUAGAACAGUUAAUCACUGAUCAGAACCGCAGCAUCGCUACGUUGGCCAUCACUACGCUUCUGAAGACAGGUGCCGAGUCGUCGGUCGAUCGUCUGAUGAAACAGAUCAGUUCUUUCGUGUCGGAAAUCAGCGACGAAUUCAAAAUCGUAGUCAUCGACGCGAUCCGGUCGUUGUGUGUUCGUUACCCACGAAAGCACGGCACAAUGAUGACGUUCCUGUCGACGAUGUUGAGGGACGAAGGUGGCUUCGAGUACAAAAAGGCUUUGGUGGACACGAUUAUUACUAUAAUUGAAAACAACCCCGAGGCUAAGGAAACUGGCUUGGCUCAUUUGUGCGAAUUCAUUGAAGACUGUGAGCAUGUGGUAUUGGCGACGAAAAUCUUAUACUUGCUGGGAACGGAGGGUCCAAAGUGCAGCUUCCCGCGAAAGUAUAUUCGUUUCAUCUUCAACCGGGUCCUUCUCGAAGGCCCUGCUGUUCGCGCAGCGGCGGUGACGGCACUUGCAAAGUUUGGAGCGUACUGUAAUGACCUACUUUCGGAUAUCGUAAUACUUUUGCAGCGAUGUCUCUUGGACCCUGACGACGAAGUUCGAGAUCGAGCAACUUACUACCUUUCAAUGCUUUCUGAGGAAAAUCCUCAGUUUAACACCGACUAUAUAAUCAACGGAUUGUGCGUUUCUUUCCCGGUUCUGGAGAAAGGGCUGGAGGACUACUGUGAAAAUCCGCAUGAGAAACCGUUCGACUUGAGGUCCAUUCCACUAGUGCCUCUUGCUCAGAGGACAGCGGCCGAGCGUCUUCCUAGCGCGAACCGGGAAGCAGCGCCAGCGAAGAAACCAGAAAAACCGCUUGUUUCACGACAUGAGCUGUACGCCCAGCAGCUGAAGGCUAUCCCGGAGUUGGACAAGCUGGGCGUUCUGCUUAAAUCAUCUGAGCCGGUCGGACUCACUGAGUUGGAGGUGGAAAUCAGUGUCACAUGUGUCAAGCACAUGUUCGCAAAGCACGUAGUGUUUCAGAACACUCUCAGCGAUCAGUUGCUGCAAGACGUUGUAGUGCACAUGGAGCCGGCAAGCGAGGAAUGGACAGUCGUGACACAAAUCAAGUGCGAUCAGCUACCAUGCAACGUCCCCGGCUCUGCCUACACCGUCGUCAUGUUCCCUGCUGAUUCCACGGACAUCGUUGGCACAUUCAGCUGCGUUUUAAAGUAUACCGUGAAGGACACAGAAGCGGAUUCUGGCACCGGUUAUCCAGACGAGUUCGUGUUGGAGGACGUAGAUGUAACUGUUUCUGAUCACAUCAUCGCGCUGCCUUGCCCUGACUUUAACGGUCUAUGGACAAAACUGUCGUCUGAGAACGAACUGAGUGACACUUACGCGCUGGCUUCCGUCAAAACUCUUGAAGGUACUACAUAUCGUGAUUUAACAUUAUUAUUUGCAGCAUGAUU